UAUGGAGAUCGUCGCGAAAGGUUAAAAAUGGGUACAUGUAAUCCUUAUUUUUAUCGAAAAAUAUGCGAAGCGCAAAUAAAUACAGUGUGAAUGCGAGUGUUGUGAUAAUACGUCGGGAAUAUACCGAGAUAUCAGGAUCGCCGAAAAACGAUGUAAAACCAACUCAUCCUACUUGAUAGAGAAAUCAAUGGAAAUAUAUGGAAAAAAACAUCAAACCAAACGAUUAAUUAUGGAUUUAACUGAGGAAGAUGUUGAUAUCAUUAGCAUAAGUAGUCAAGAAGGAACACAAAAUCAAACCAUGGACAACAAUAAAUAUGCGAGUCCAGAACGACAAGAAGUUAGCGUGGAAAAAAGAUCCCCAGUUCUCACCACAAAUCGUGGAAUUAACAGGGUUCUUUACUACCCAACCUUGGAAAUUAAAGAAGAACAGGAGACUAUCCACAAAAAACACUCUGAAAACAACGAAAAUGAUGAAGUUGAGAAAGACAUACCUUUUCUAGAAUAUCAAUCUAAAAAUACUCAACAGGAGAAACAACUAGUACAGUCACCACUUACGAAAGAAAUAGAAAAUUGGAUUAAUAUACAAAAAUCAAAGUCAAAACAGAUCGAAAAUUUAAAAGCGAUUUAUCCAAAUUUGGUAGAGUUAUUGAGUAACAGUAACGAUCUUAAAAUUAUGAAUAAAACUCUUGAGCCCAUAAAUAAGUUAAUUAAUCACAAUAAUAGCGGGAACGAGGAAGUUACGCGUCAAUUUGAUCUAGAUACAAUUAAGUUGGAUAAAACUACCAUAAAUCCUAUAGAAAGCGAGAUAGGUAAUAUUAGACAUAAGGUAUCACAAAAAAAUACAUGUACCACAAAACAAAUAGGUAAUAAGAAUAAAGUAAAUAAUUGUAAAAUUGUGGUAGUUCAAUCACAAAGGUAUGGCAAGAUAGUUAGAAGAUUCAUAAAAAUGAACAAUAGAACUUUAAAAUACUUUGGUUUAACGAAUUUUCCUUUGCAGACAGACAAAAAGUUCCAAAUUAAUGUAAUUCGUAGACUGAAGCGUAAGCAAAAAGUAACGUUAAAUAGGGCUAAUCAAUUAGCGAAAAAGGCGAUACGCAAAUGUGUUACAAAAUCACUAGCCGCAACACGAAAAACGGCUAGACGACAAUCCAAAUCUAUUCCAACUACAGAAGAAAAAAAUGAAACCAAGAUAAAUAAUAUACGAAGGACGAUGGAGACUUCGUCAGAAACAAGUUCGAGCGACAUCGGACGACAGCUAGAAAAGGACGAAAAGACACUACUGCAAAAACUUAAGAACGAAUUGAAAAUUAAAGAGGAAAUUUUACUGCGGAUAAAACGCAUAAAAUACAUGCGCGAAAUUACACAACAACUGGAAAAGGAAAAUAUUAGAUAUAAAGCAGUCGAUAAACAGACAGGACAACAGUUGGAGAUUACCAGGACAAUUAACAGGUACAAUCAGUUAAAAAAUGAAAGUACUGAGUAUGGGGACAAUUUGGUUAUCAAGGAUCAAGCAGAAUGUGACCCAAGUCAUGUAAAAAUCAAAGAUUUAAGACCAGAAGGCUAUCAUGGACCACAAAUAUUUCAAACAAAGUACGACUUAAUGGAGGAUCGUUUAACGAGACGUGUUGGUAUGGUGCAUACAAAUGACAGCACUCAGCAAGUGGAACAAUUACCAGCAGUUAAAAUUAAAUCGUCCACACCCGGAAUGGCAGACGAGAAUAAAAAAGAAUUGUCCGGAAAGAAAAGGAAAAUAUCAUUUUCCGAAUCCAAUUUUAUGGAGGAAGUGCAAACACUGAACGAAAAAAAGAAAAAGAAGGAAAAGAAGAACAAAAUUUCGAGUGAAGCAUUGAAAAAUGCAACUGCAAGUCAAACACGAGGAAGCGAUGGCAAGCUAAUAGAAGAACAAACCGCAACAUCCACAAAUAAACAAACAAACAAUAAACCAAAAAUCAUAUCCAUUGAAGGUAUUAAUCUCAUUCCCAAAAAUCUACAACAAGAGUCGAGCUUCGAAAAACAAACUCUCACCGUCCAAGUAACGAAAUUGCCGGCUUUGAAUCCGACGUCGACCGCAUUGUUACCACAUUAUCCACAUUGUCGAUCAGAAGAAUCAGAAAUUGGAAAUCAACUACCGGAGAGCCAGCCAGCAGAAUCUGCAGUGGAGUCACAGAAUUAUAAACCACAAAUUAUAAACAAUAAUCAGGCGACGGCGACAUCUUCUAAAGAAGGCAUGGAGAAGCAGAAUGUCGAACAAAUUGUGGACAAUAACAGUUCCCAAGAAUAUUGACCGUAAGAAAGCUGAAAAAUGUGAUAGAAA